GUUCUACUUUGUCGUUGGGAAAUCCUUAUCACGCGAGUCAAUGAUGGGCACAUUCUUUUAUUUAUCGUACAGUACCGAGAAGAGUCAAAAAUGAGAGGGCGGUAGUCAUUUGGUGGUCCAGUGCCGCGACCUUGAACCACACACGUGCCAGUAUAGUCAAGAUCGAUAUGAUCGCGACUAUCUUAAGGAUGAUUGUAAAAUUUCGUACUUGUGAAUUUUUGUGUCUGGCAACAUAGCAAUAAUUUGUGUAUCCUGUACUUCCGCUGGUGUACGUACACGACUCGCGGCAAAACAAACCCGAUCCAAGUAGCAGUAAUGAUGAUUAAUGUUGAAACCAUUUAUGAUGUAACAGCAAGAUUGGCAGAAAUUAAUUGACGCAAUUUUCUUGCUCUCUAAAAAUGGCCAAUGUCGAUGACGUACCUAUCGAUCAGACCUUAACUGAUAGAUUAAUAGACAAAGGACGUAAGUCACCAUUCCUCGUGGCAGGUUUAGUAAGCUUUGCAGGUAUUUGCGCCUAUGGUGCUUAUAACUUUAAGAGGAAACAGACGAGCACACAGUUGUAUUUGAUACAAUUACGUGUUGCUGCGCAAGGAACAGCAAUAGCCUGCUUAACAUUUGGCAUGGUUUAUCAUAUGAUAAAGAAGCACGUGCUACAUGAUGAAAAUGAACCUUAAUGUUGAGUACAGUUCUCACGACUGUAGUUCAAUUGUUCUUUAAAUCAAAGCAAACGCAAAACAAAGUCUAGUUUCAUGAGAAGAAAUUGUCAUAUAUGGAAGACGUAUAACAUGUGUAAUUUAAGUUAUUACAAGCUACAGUUUCGUUGACCCCAAUGUA